UGAGCCAGGAAAGAGUUUAUCUACGGGGCGGGAGAGGGAGCAAAAAGUCUCCGCUUUGGGCUUUCGCCCUGUUUGAGUCUGUUAUGCGGGUUGUUAGGAGACGAUGGAGGAGGAGAAGGCCUUGCAGGCCUCCAACAGCAUCAAGCCCUACCUGGAGAGGCUCACGCUGGGGGUGACACGCGUCUUAGAAGCCUCUCCAGGAGUUUCUGAAGUGAUGUUCAUAGAGAAGGAGCCAGCUGAGCGCCAUGCCAUCAUUUCAUGGGAACAGAAAAAUGCUUGUGUCCUGCCUGAGGAUUUAAAAAGUUUCUACCUGAUGACCGAUGGCUUCCAUAUGACCUGGAGUGUCAAGUUUGAUGAUAACCCUAUGCCCCUGGGAUGCAUGACCAUCAACAGCAUCUCCAAGCUGAACCGUCUUGGAGCAUCCCCAAUCUACACCUUGCCCAAUGCACCCACUCUUGCUGACCUGGAGGAUACGGAUGACGAAGGUGGGGACAAGGACCAGCCAGAGAAACCUCAUUUGGAUUCUCGCAGCCUGAUAUUUGAGUUAGAUCCAUGUGGAGGAAAUGGGAAGGUUUGUCUUGUGUACAAGAACACCAAGCCAGUUGUCAGCCCUGAAUCUGAGAUCUGGUUCCUGGACCGGGCCCUUUAUUGGCAUUUCCUGACCAAGAGCUUCACGGCCUACUACCGGCUCCUGAUCACCCACCUUGGUCUCCCGCAGUGGCAAUACGCCUUCACGAGCUACGGCAUCAGCCCCCAGGCCAAGCAAUGGUUCAACAUGUACAAGCCCAUCACCAUCAAUACGGAGCAGCUCUCUGAGGAGGCGGACCUGUUUGUGAACAAGCUGGACCCCAACAAGGUGUUCAGGAGCAAAAACAAGACUCCGGUCCUGAAGAAGAAGCUGCCCUCCCAGCCGCCCCCCUCCCAGAAAGGCCAGGCAGGGGCCUCUCCCAAGAAUCCCACCCAAGUGGGGGGACCUUCCAGGAGAUGAGGAGCCAGGCCUUCGCUUCUCUUUGGUGGAUCCAUGGAAAUAUCUCCAGUGGCUUUGAUCCACACACCACAGGCGGAAAGGCCUCCCAAUACCUGGCUAGUCUUGCAGUGCAUGGACGAGGACUACUAUAUUUAUUUUAAAAUAUUUAUUUAAGAAGUUUGCAGACUGUCCUUGAAUUUACUUUCAUGCCAAAGGUAUCCAGCAGUUUUUGCUAUUUGAAAAACUCAUCUUUCCCAAGUUAUUUAUUUAUUUAUUUGGCCAAGUGGCAAAAAAGAAUGGUGAUACAGCAGGGCUGUUCUCUCUCUCAACCCCCCCCCCCACCACCACCACCACCACCAGAAGAAAGAUUAAAAGCCUAUGGUAAACAUGGCAAAUGUUUGAUAUGCAUCCUUUCAGAGAGGGGAAUGGAUGGGAAACUUGUCCCUUCCUAACAUGAGACAAGAGGUGUAAAUCUUGUGGCCUGGGGUUGUAUGUGGCUUUUUUUUUGGGGGGGGGGGGAGAUCCUUGAUCUCCAUUAGGCUCACAAAGAAUCCCGCAAGACCCCUCUCCUAGGACCCUUCCACACAUUCAUAUAACCCAGAACAUGAAGGCAGAAAAUCCCACAAUAUCUGCUUUGAACUGGGUUAUUUGAGUCCUCACUGCCAUACAUUCCAGUUGAAAGCAGAUAAUGUGGGAUUUUAUUUAGCUGUGUGGAAGGGGUCCUAGAUCCAGAGAAUAUUUCAGCUGGAAAAAUAUGAAUUUUCACACAAUAUGCCUCUGGGAUCUGCCGGAGGUCAAUUCCCCAAACAGUCAUUACAACACGCUAGGUGAAUCAUCACAGUCUUGGUCCCAGAUAAUACUGUGAUAGGUUCACCUUUUGGUCUCUCCUAAUUAUGUUUCUGAUGAAUCUGUUACCUUCUGCCUUCCAAAGCAUCCCAAGGAGUCAGCACAAACAUCACAAGCAGGUUAGCUUCACAAAGGCUGCCCUUACACUGCCAUAUAAUCCAGAUUAUCAAAUCAUAAUCCACAUUAUCUGAUUUAAACUGAAUUAUCUGUGUCUAGACUGCCAUAUAAUCCAGUUCAAAGCAGAUAAUCUGGAUUUUAUAUGGCAGUGUCAAAAGGGCAAGAUAAGUCAGAUAUUGUUGGAUAUGCCUUUACAAAUACUGUCUCAUCCAAAAGGGCACGAAUCCUUCAAGCUUGAACUCCUUCUUGGUAUGGGAUGUAUCUGGGUUCACCAAGACUGUGGUUUUUUUAAAAAAAAUUUUUGGAAGGGCACAAAAGAUAGAGACUAAAGCUCAGAAUAUGCAUGCAUAUUCUCAGACACAUAUGGCCAAACAUCGGAGAGUGUUCAAGAUGUAAAGAGGAAGAAACAUACAAUCUAAGGGGGGCUGCAACAAUUUGCUUUUGUCUGAGGAGGGGAGAGAGGAGAUCACCCACACAUUUACUUCUGGGUAUGCACACAUAGGAUUCAAUUACAAGCUGUAGUAAACUGGUAUCAGUUCCCCAAAGGGAAGUUUAUAGAAAAGUGAUUGUAAACUAGUUGGAAUCAAUGAAGACAGCAUUAUGAGCUCAGAGGGAGUCUCUUUGGAGCUGGAAUGUCUGCUUAGUUACAUCACUUUUGACAACAGAGGCCUGCUAGUUUCAGAAGACUGACAACCCAAAGGGUUGGUGAAUUUUCUUCCUAAUGGGCUUGCAAACUUGAAAUGCCAUUUUGACUUCCCAUUUCUCCCAUUCUUACGGAAAGUCUAUCAUAGAGUUGCCAUAGAGCUUCCUGCUGGACCUAGAAAUCCCUAAAGAGACUAUAUUAAUCAAAUGCACAAACCAAGAAAAAAAUCAUCUUGAGUCUUUAUAUUGCGAGAAAUGGCAGGGUAAAUAAAUCAAGUCAAUAAAUGAUUAAAUAAACCUGCUAAUGGA